UGGCGGUUGUUGCUUUAAUGAAAUCCUAAAUAAAGUUUUACUUAUUUAUUUAAGUAAAUAACAAGGUAGAUUACUACACAUUAAUUGACAUAGUACGUAAUAUCGUACUGCAGAUACUUUAAUAGUAUUGUAUCAUUUAUUUGUGAUAGUUGUGUAGAUACAUUAGUUAAUAUCAUAUCAACACAACAACGCGGUUAAAUAACGCAUUGUAAACAAUUUUUGGGUUAUUUGAUGAAGAAUCUUGGAAAUUUCAUCAGUUUUACAUGGUUUUAUUUUGAUACAUAGUGAAGUUAUAAAAAUAUUGUGACGAUAUGGAGUAUUUAGUUAGAUUUUUGUGAUCCAAUGUUUACGUGUUAAAUAUUGCCCAAAAAAUGGGUGAAACUGAAGAAUUCAAUACACUGGAAUUUGAAAAGAAAUUGACGCAGCUAAAAGAUACUCAGGAGAGCAUUCAAUCGUUAUCUUCCUGGUGUUUAAAACAAAGAACACACCAUAAGAAAAUUGUCUCCAGUUGGCUUAAUGUUUUGAAGCGGGUUAAAAUUGAGCAAAGAUUAGUAUUAUUCUAUUUAGCCAAUGAUGUUAUCCAGUAUAGUAAGAGGAAGAACUAUGAGUUUGUAGAAAGUUGGGGACUCAAUUUACAAAAAGCCACUCCACUUGUCAGGGACGAAAAGGUGCGGCCAAAAAUCCUACGGAUAUUGAAGAUAUGGGAGCAAAGAUCUGUAUAUGACGAUGAGUUUUUGUCCGAUCUAACUGGUCUGCUUGUUGCUGGUGCUGUUAAAAAGACUGAUGACGAUUUAGAUUUUCAGCCGCAGCAAUUAGUUAACAAAAUAAAACAGUGUUCGGUUUUGGAAGCCGACACUGAUUUGAGGUUGAAGCACAUACAUGAUUGCAGUUUGGAUCUGUCCGACGCUGAUGCACUGUGUGCGAACUUAAAAGAAAGAUGUCUUAGGAGUGAUGUUGAAAAGGAAAUAAGCGAAGGUGUUGGAUGUAUAGAGAGGUACACACAGGCUUUACAGCGAGAGAUUGUAGCGAGGGAAGCUUUGCUAGCAUUACUUACAUCGGCAAACCAAUACUAUUCUACACAGAGGGGGGAAGUUAAAGUUGUUGCUUAUGCGUACAAAAACUUUGGUGCCCGCGUUCGAGCAUUAAAGCGGAAGUUGGAUGAACUGAUACCAACAUUACCGAGUGCUGUGCCCUCACCACCCAAGGAGGAAGAUGUACCGUCUCCGGGGCCUGAUGAGGACCUGGAUCUGCCGCCACCGGGUGAUAAUGAUGAAGUAGCAUACAACAUUGAUCAGACAUUCAAUACAACGGUAUCGGCUGAUGGUUCGCUGUACAAUUUGGGUUUAUCAUCAUUCCUCACAUCGGACAACCCGCUAGCUAUGUUCAAUGAAGAAAUCGAUCUCACUAAUGCCAAUAAAAUAGAAGUAAUAAACACGAGGCCGAGCGACAAACAGGAUUUCAGUAUAAAUGAUUUUCUGAAGACUCUCACGCCGGCCGAGAAUAAUUCCGUAUCGCCUGUUAAUAGUGUGGGUAGUGCAUCCCAAAAGUCACAGGACGCGUUACCCGGGUUGGAUCUACUGACCCCGGACAGUACGGGCAACCCGCCUCCACCCACUUCCUUCUAUAGGAGUAUGGAUGCUGUUAGCACUGUGAACGAUGAUGUCGUUGAACAACACUAUUUACCAGAAGCGGUUGUGAGCAGUCAGUGGACGAAUAACGCGUGGAACGUGCCUCCCGUGACGCCGAUACCCUCAAAUCGGGCAGUUUUCGCAGAACCUCCGGCUUCACCACCAUUAGCACCUCCAAUGGUACCGCCCAUACUUGUGCCUACAGUUGUUGAGAGGCCUACGGAAAGCGCAGCGCUAGAUGUAGACCACAGGGGUAUUCUACCACCCCCUCCCCCUCCACCCGUAUUGCCUAUUUUAGGACAUAUAGAAGACGUGGACCACAGACUAAUGCCGAGUAUGCCGCCUCUUGCACCGGUCACUCCGCCCGCAAGGCAUCCUGUACAACAAGAUGUAGAUCACAGGAAUUUAAUAUCGCUGACGCAUCAAUUACCACAGAGGCAGCACAAUCCAGUUUCUAUUGAUCAGGAUUACCGAGUGCCGGCGAUGGUCCCUCCACCGGACAUUGUUGAAAGCGUUGAUAUGGACUUAUCUGAAGAUGAGGAACAACAAGCAAUGUACCCGCAAGGCCAAAUGGACAACAGACGGAAUUCGUUCAACAACAACAAAGUGCUGGUCGGCGGUGAAGAUAAACCGAAAAACGAACAUACACAACCAGAACAACAUUCUGCUCCUAUAAUACCACCCCUAUCCAACCCCUUUGAGAAAAUGCCCCCGAAUCUAAAAUUCACUAUGCCCCCAGAGUUUCCAAGCAAUGCGCAUCCUAAUUCUGCCCCCGUGCUCAGUCGUUCGAACAGUUUGCCCCAAAACCAUCCGGGAAAUCUGCCCCAAAAUCAUUUGAACCAUCCAAUACACAACCACACUUUACCACGUAACCACCCGAAUAACUUGCAGAACCAUCCAAAUGAUUUGCCCCAUAACCAUCCGAAUAAUUUACCCCACAACCAUCCGAAUAACUUACACAACCAAACGAACAACUUACCACCUCAAAAUCGUCCUACUAUUUUGCCCAACCGUCCGAAUUUCCCACAGAACAAUCCAAACAAUUAUCAGCAGAACCCUUACGAUUCUCCGAACUACGAUAGAGAAGAAAACUCAAAUGAUAGUGCUUACGAAGAUGAUCUAAGAACGCGAAGCAUAGAAAUGGAGCGGAAUGAUGAAUUUGCCAAAGACGUAGAAUGGAACGGACCAAGACAAAGGUUUCCCCGAAAUUGGGGUCCUAGACAGAAUUUCUCCCCGCGGGGACAAUUUUCACCCCAGUUUUGGCCCCGAAAUGGCCCCAGAAUGUCCAAUAGAUGGAUGGGACCAAGACCCCAAAGGUUUUGGUGACAACUGAAUCUAAGGACCUUUGCCAUCAAAUGUUUGACGUGCAGUUUCAUCCAGCGUCGAUUUUAUUUCUUUUGAGAAACAAGAAAAUAUUUACUUUUAUUAGUGUUAAAGUGCAUAUUUAUGUAAAUAAUUAUGUUUUCGUGAUGCUUGUUUUAAUAGUUGAGUUAAAUGUAUUCGCAGAUUCUGCGUACACUCGCUCUAUAUUUUAAUUUAGUGUAAUAUAAUGUUAGUGUAAAACUUCAGCUUGUUUCUAAAUAUAGAUGAUAUUUUAUUGUGUAAUUAAAAACAAAAUAUAGUCACCGUUGUUUUUACUGUGUGA